GGCAAUAGCGUAGGACGGCGAAAGAGCCGAGCAUUCCUACCUCCGCUUGUGGUUUGUCUGAUGUCUCUGCACAUGGUGAAAGAUCUCCUAUCUGUAAAGAUGCCCACAUUAUUGCUGCUCAUAUGGAUCAUGUCCAUGAGAACCUGCGCUCAGGUCAUGGUCGAUGAUGUGAGAGCCCUUCCUUUUAUCGCACAACUUCCUACCUACUUUACUGGACCUUUGCAUUUGGACUUUGUACACAAGAAGCUUGUUGUUGUGGCUCCAGCGGUUCUAAGAGCAGGGCGUGAAGAAAAUAUCCUGCUGGAGGCGUUUGGACUUUCUCAUGGUGUCGACGUUGAUUUCUUCGUGUACACUUUAUCACAGAGUCAUUCACAAACAUUGCUAAGUACAACCGUCACCCUGAACGCAGACAAUAAUUACAGCGCCCUCAAAACCAUUACGAUUCCCAGCAGAGACCAGUGGCCCGAACACUCAGGGACCAGACACGUCCGGCUGCUCGCUAAAUUCGGACAUCUACAGGUCGAGUACUUCAGUGAAGUGUCCUUUCUGUCUGGUUACAUUUUCAUCCAGACCGACAAACCCAUCUACAAUCCUGGAGACACGGUGCGCUUCAGAGCGUUUGUCUCCACUCCGGAGUUUCAGGCUUUCAAUAGUACAAUUUCAGUUGAAAUUCAGAACAUUGAUGACAUUACAGUCUAUGCUGCGUCUGAGGUCAGAGCAGAAGGCGGUGUUUAUUCGGACACUUACGCACUCCCAGACAUCGUCAAAGAGGGCAAGUGGAAGAUUGUUGCCAAGUUCAACAACUUCGUAGAGAACAAAUAUGGCUCAGAAUUUGAGGUGAAGAAAUACGAGCUUCCAGCGUUUAACGUCACACUGGUGCCGAAAAAGUACCAUCUGAGUUUGGAAGAUGAAGAGCUGGAGGUGAAGGUGUAUGCCAGAUACGUGUACGGAGAGAAAGUGGACGGCGUGGCGUAUGUGUUGUUUGGAGUAGAGAAGGAUGGAGUGAACAUCCGAGUCUCGUCUAUGAAGCAAGUCAAAAAUCUGGAUGGUGGGAACGCCACGUUGACCGUUGCUGAGCUCAAGAAAGCAUAUCCUGAUGUUAAAAUAUUAGACGGCUUGUCUAUUUACAUCAAAGCUUCCGUGAUAACUAACACAGGAAGCGACCUCGUGGAAGCGGAAAAGUCGGGCAUCAAAAUCAUCUCCUCACCGUACCUACUUACCGUCGAAGACACAUUGAGGUUUUAUAAAAUGGGCCUACCAUUUGAGUUAACGGUUACUGUUAGCCACCACGACGGCUCACCGGCCCAGAACAUUCCGGUUAAAAUCAGCUACCUGUCCGCUCCAGUCACGGAGCACAACGGGACAAUCAAAGUGUCCCUUAACAUGCCGUGCGGCCUUAGAAGCAGGAGGAUUAUGGUCAAAACAGUCGAUCUGGAUCUGAAGCCGGAGCAUCAGGCGAAGACCGAAUGGUUGGUGGAUGUGUUCUCACCUUCCAAUUGGCAAGAUCCGAGCUAUCUUUACAUCACUGUUGACAAGAAGAAGGCAAAAGUAGGAGAGACUUUAGACUUCCAGCUUCACCUCAUCAGCUCCCAGGAAGACUACAAGGGGCAGAUUUCAUAUAUUGUGUUCAACAAGGGGAGGAUCAUUCGUUCCGGCAAGAUCAAUGUAACAGAGGACAAAAUGAUGAAGUUGUCUCUGCUGCUGACUCCAGAGAUGCUGCCUGCCUUCCACUUUGUGGCGUACUACAACCUCCCGAGGACCUACAGCGUAGAAGUGAUAGCCGAUUCUGUUUUGGUGAAACUGGAGAGCCGUUGUUUGGGUUCGCUCAAGCUUGAACCGUUGACUGGUAAAGCGAAGGACUCGUAUUCACCGGGUAACAGCUUUAGCUUCCAGGUCAGGGGCGACCCUGGCGCAAAAGUCAGCCUGGUUGCCGUGGACAACUCAGUUUUUCUGCUGAGUAAAAACCGCCUGACGCAGAGGAAGAUUUGGGACACUCUGGAACAGGGGCAUUUAGGCUGCUCUCGAGGCAGAGGGCAAAGCAGCAUGGGGGUGUUCGUGGACGCAGGCCUGAGUUUUCAAUCAAGUUUCUUCACAUCUACCAAUAUGUUGCCGUGUUUUUCAAACCCCCGGAGGAGGAGGCGCUCUGCUGAAAAACUGCGUCUCCGGCAUAAACUUGAGAAAUCCCAUUCCGACCAGUUUCUGCGGCGUUGUUGCUUCGAUGGCAUGAGGGAGAUUCCCAUGCCGUACUCAUGCCGUCGUCGUGCUCUCUACAUCACUGAGAACUGGAGCUGUGUGAUGGCUUUCCUUGAGUGCUGCUCACAGUACCGGGGUGAAGAACUGGGCAACAUCACCCCACCACCACCCACCACUCCAGAGCCACCACCCACUACAACAGAACAACACGGUUUUAUCAGCAUGGCUGCCGCAUCUGAUUACGAUUUUCAUGUUUCUGGUUCUGUUUCUGGAGUCCCUAUUUUAUCUGGACCUAUUUCAAUACCUGGUCCUGAGCCUGUUUAUGUACCUGGUUCAAUUACUCCUCAACGACCUUUUGAUGGUGUUGCUCCUGCUCAAGCUUUCCUUUCUAGUAUUGGUGGUGUUGGUGAUCUUCAUGUUGCAAGUGCUAGAAUUUCUGUUCCUACCUUGGGAGGUGAGAUAGGAACCCCAUCAUUUACACUUAGUGAUGAGUACUAUGACAAGCUAGAUGAUAUUUACGUACGCACCAAGUUCUUUGAGUCCUGGUUGUGGACAGAUGUGCAGCUUCCUGGAGCUUCUGGGCCAGAUGGAUUGGCUGUUACGCCGGUGGAGUCCGUUCUCCCUGACAGCAUCACUCAGUGGGGGAUUCUGGGAAUUAGUGCAUCAUCGAGUACAGGUUUCUGUGUGGCCGAGCCUUUCAACGUCAAAGCAUGGAAGCCGUUCUUCAUCAACCUUCGUCUUCCUCGCACCGCAGCCAGAAACGAACAUGUAGAGGUCAAGGCUGUGCUGCACAACUACAUGAGCAAGGACCUGAAGGUGUUGGUGGUCCUGGCAAAGACGGAGGACCUGUGCAGUGUUGCGUAUACUGAGGAUCAUAAGCAGGAGGUGUUUGUAAAGGCUCACUCAUCCGUGCUCAUCCCCUACACCGUCAUCCCUCUCCGAGCAGGUGAGCUUGCCCUGCAGGUCACUGCCGUGUCGUGGAGCUUCACCGGACAUGACGCAAUACGUAAAACUCUGCAUGUGGUGGUGGAGGGCAUUCAGAAGAUGGUUGUGAGGAGUUUUGUGUUGGAUCCUGCUAAGGAAGGAGAUGAUAAUGGAAAUCAGCUCAUUCGGGUGGACAAAGCCAAACUGAAUUCGGUGGUUCCCAACUCGCUUCCAGAAACAUUUGUCAACGUCAGAGGUAAUUUGCUGGCUGACAGCAUCGAUAACUCUAUCAAUAAGGACUCGCUUGCAGCACUGAUCCAAAUGCCUGGAGGCUGUGUGGAGCAGAACCUGGCUAGCAUCACGCUGCCGCUCAUCGCUGCUCACUAUCUGGACCGCAGCUCACAGUGGGAAAAUGUCGGAAUCCAGCGCAGAGUUGAGGCCAUCUCCUACAUUAAGAUGGGAUAUGAGAAACAGCUUCAUUAUCGUAAAACGGACAACUCGUAUCCACCGUAUGGAAAUGAAGGAACUAGCACCUGGAUCACUGCAUUUGUGGUGAAGGUGUUCUCCAUGGCUUAUCCAUUCAUUAAGGUGGAUAAGCAGCACAUAUGUGGUCCUUUGCUCUACCUUCUCAAGCACAAGCAGCUCACAUCUGGAGCAUUCAAGGAGGACAACCCUGUCUAUGCCACCUCCAUGACGGGAGGUCUUCAGGGUACUGAAUCCAGGGAAACUUUGACUGCGUUUGUACUUAUUGCGUUGGCUGAAGCGAUGAACGUCGUUUCAUGCAGUGAUCCGGAAAUAAGCAUGCAGGUGGGUUUCAUAAAAGCAGGAUACUACCUGAAUUUGCGAUACCAAAACCUGCGCAGACCGUAUUCCAUCGCGAUUGCGUGUUACGCACUGACUGUGAGCAAUCAGGGCUGCUCAAAGAGCAUGUUGCUGAAAUCGGCAUCACCGGACCGCACAGACUGGCCGGACGCAGACAACAAGUUCUUCACACUUGAAGCGACAGGUUAUGCUCUGCUAGCCCUGCUUAAAGGCAACCAUUAUCAGGAAGCAGCUGCUCCGUUCAGAUGGCUGAAUCAGCAACGACGAGUCGGAGGAGGAUUUGGAUCCACGCAGUCCACCCUGGUGGUACUACAGGCUCUGUCCGAAUACCUUGUAAGGAAACCUAAUCCAGAUAGUAACCUGAAUGUGGUGCUUGGUGUUCCUGGUAGCUCAGAUACUCACUGGGCCUUCAACAGAACACUGGCUCAUGUGGCACGUUCGUCUAAGGUGCCUAUAGAUAAGGACUUCACAGUGAUGGCAUCAGGAAGUGCUCAGGGGAUCCUGGAGGUGGUAACUGUGUACAACGAGUUGCCUGAUGUACACAAAAACAGAAAGUGCAACGGAUUUGACUUGAACGUUUCUAUUAGCGAGAGCACCGAGAAACCUCCUGCAGAAGUAGAGAAGGUGUAUAAACUCAGUAUCAGUGUAAGAGCUCUGGUGCAGCAGCAGGUGCGCAUGAUUGUGCUGGACAUCAGCCUUCCCACUGGCUUUGAACCGGAAAACUCGGACCUGGAGCUGCUGACCAACUCUGUGGAUCGCUAUAUUAACAACUUCCAAGUUGUAGAUAAUCUGAGUGACAGAGGAUCUCUCAUCAUUCAUCUGUUCAAGGUAUCCAACAAAGAGGCAGAUAUCAUCACCUUCAGGCUGAAUCAGAAGUUUAAAGUGGGCCUCCUGCAACCGUCUAUAGUUACUGUAUACCAGUAUUACAACUCAGAUAAGCGUUGCAGCAGGUUUUAUACUCCUCCAGAGGACAAAGAGCACCUCAGUCAGAUCUGUAAAGAUGACAUUUGUCGCUGCACACAGGGAGACUGCUGCGUGUUGAAGACUGGCGCUCAAACAGUUGCGGCAAGAAAGAAUGCUGCGUGCAGUGGAAACCACCACGUUUUUAAGGUCCGAGUGUCGAGUGUCAAUACAAGUCAGUAUGACCGAUAUGAGCUGGAGAUCCUGCAGGUCAUAAAAGAAGGUUCUGAGGUUGGUCUAAAAGAGAAGGACACAAGAGUGUUUGUCUCUCAUGCUGGCUGCAGGUUAGGGGUUAAUCUGCUUACAGGGCAGGACUACCUUGUCAUCGGUCCGUCUUCUGACAUCUGGCAAGCAGGCAGUGACCAGAACGGCUACACGUACACUCUGGGGAAGAACACUUGGGUGGAGCUCUGGCCAUCUGGAGCCUGUGACACAUGUACACAACUGGACACAUUUAGCACAGAAUUGCUGGACAAUGGCUGCCAGACCUGAGACGAGACACAACAAGACACACGCGUGCACACACACACACACACACACACAUAUUAAAACUAGCUGUCCUAUUCAAAACUAUUCAAAAAGCUGUCAACAAUACCAUGCACUACACACACCAAAUUACACAACACCAUACUACACUACACUACAUUACACAACAGUACAGUACACUACACUACAGUACAUUACACUACAGUACACUACACCACACUACACUAUACAACACUACACAGUACACAACAUGAUACACUUGGGGUGUAAACCUUCUCAUCACACGGAAACACAGUGUUGAGUUGUGUAUAUUCUUUUCAUUUGUCAGUUCUAAUUUGCACAUUGUUCAUUUUGAUAAUUGUGUCGCUGCAUCCGUGUGACUGUUUUUUUUCCUUCAGCUUAGUAAGUUGUAGCAGCUAUCUUACGUUGUUAAAAGUGGCUGAGAGGCUGAAGCAGGAACUCAAUGCAUUUGCGACGCAUAUGAAGAAUCCGUGAGGCAAACAGAUGUUAAUAGUCACCUUUUAUUGCACAGACAGAUAUUUCUUCUUUCAAAAGUUGUGUAUGAGUAUGUGUAUAUGGUCAACAAAGAAUACAUCGUCCUGACUCACCCCCUCUCUCUACCACACUAAGUGAACAGGUGACUAAUAUUCCUAUCCCCAGGUAAUCCCGUGACCCUGCACCAUGAUCAUGUGACAUUAAUUUAACUCUUUCAUGUCCCUUUCAUAAGUGUUCUUUAUCCAAUGAUUCACACUGUACAGUAUUCCUAUUUUACUCCCUUGGUUUUUACAGUUGUCAGUUGUCAAUGUGGCUUAUUCCCAAUUAAAAAUAAAGUUGAAAUGUCACAUUAUAUAAUACCUUUAUAACACUACUAAGUACGCAGCACUUAUUUCCUGACUCAAAUUUUAUCUUCAGAAAUUCAGAAAAAACAGAUUUGUUAUCUGCAUUUACACACAUCUCACAGUAAGUGUGUU